GUCACUACUUGGUACUGCCAAAAAUAUGUCUUUCUUUCAGGAGCGUUCUUGAUCCCUUUCAUCCUUUGUCUUCUGAUCACUGGGUUCCCAAUGUUUUUCCUUGAGUCGGCAAUCUCUCAGUUCUCGGGAAAGGCUGCCAAGCAAGUCUGGAGCUUUUGUCCAAUGUUUAAAGGUAUUGGUAUUGGCGGCGUAAUAUUUACAUUCAUCUUCACGACCUAUUACAACCUCUAUCUGGCCUGGCCCAUCUACUACAUGGUGAAGUCCUGCUCCAGCGUCCUGCCCUGGACAACUUGUGGCAACAGUUGGAACACCGACCUGUGUGUGGAAGGUGUGAAAACAGCCUACAACAGUAACAUGACAGCCCUGUCAGUCAAUAGUACAGAUACAACCACGGCGGCUGAGUCGUGGGAAAAUGUGACUUUGGCGCACACAUCUGCAGAGGAAUUCUGGCAGUACAACGUCCUGGGUGUAUCGACCGGCUUGGAGGACGUGGGGUCUGUGCAGUGGCCCAUAGCUGGAUGUCUGUUUGGCUCCGUUGUUAUGAUCUUUCUGUGUCUUAUCCGUGGAGUCAAGUCUUCCGGCAAGGUUGUGUAUGUGACUGCACUUCUGCCGUAUGUUCUCCUUACCGCCAUCUUCAUUAUGACACUGCUUCAACCAGGUGCUCUAGAUGGCAUAAUCUACUACGUCGUACCUGAUUUCUCAAAAUUGCUUGACACACAGGUAUGGCUAGAAGCGUGUCUGCAGGUGUUUUACUCACUGGGGCCUGGCUAUGGAGCAGUUGGAACUGCUGCAAGCUACAAAGCUUUCAAUCAACCAUGUCUCAGAGAUUGCUUGAUAUUGACCAUAAUAUCAGAGGGAACCAGCAUCUUUUCUGGCCUGGUGACAUUUGCUGUUCUCGGGUCGAUGGCACAGAAAAUUGGUGUUCCUAUUGCAAAAGUAGUUUCGACAGAAUGGCUCCUGAGUAUGGAGGUAGUUGUUACUGCACUGGUUGAUCAGUAUCCACGACAGCUGGGAAAGAGGAGGAUGUUGGUUACAGGAGGCUGUUCUCUCGUAUUCUUUCUUCUUGGAAUCGUUUUCUGUACACAGGGAGGGCCGUACAUGUUCCAGCUGCUAGACUGGUAUGUUGCCGCUUUGGGGCCUCUGUUGUUCUGCACACUGGAGUGUGUUGCUGUGAUGUGGAUAUAUGGGACAAAACAAAUGAGUAGGGACGUAGAGAUGAUGACUGGAAAACCACUAUCGCCACCAGUAAAGAUCCUGUUGGCAUUUGUGACACCAGCAAUCUUAGUGACAGUUUUAAUCCUUACACUUAUAAGCUACCAGCCACCGACCUACGGCAAGUACGAGUUUCCCAGCUACGCCAGUAUCAUUGGCUGGUGUUUCGCUGCAAUUCCACUUCUCACUCUUCCGGUCUACUCUAUCGUUGCUGUCAGAAAACACAUGACAACACAUUCUCUGAAGAAGAGUGUAAAACUCGCCUUCACGCCUGAUGACGACUGGUAUCCUGCAAAUUCCAGAUACAGGGAGGCCUUCAGAAGGAAUCAACAGACAGAAAGACCUUCCCUGAAGGCCAACAUCAUGGACAUGUUUAAAUGA